CGUAGUCCACCCUACCACUAGGCCUUCCAUAGUAUAUAUGACCCAAUCGGCGUUCGAACGACCCAUAACUAACGUGUACAAACUGAGGUCACAUUGCACACGUUUUGUAAUGUUUGAGUAAUACUGCUGGACUACUACAAAAUGGAGACUACUAAAUCAGAAGAGCCCUUCCUCAGGCAUGUGGAGACAGACGUGCUAAUUCCGAAGAUUAUGAGGGAAAAAGCUAAGGAGCGCUGUGCUGAGAAAGUUGAUGCCUUUAACCACUGCUGUAAGCAAACUGGCUUUCUUAUGGCGUUCAAGUGUCGGAAUGAGAAUACCUCCUUGAAAGAGUGCCUGACUGUUUACUACAAAGACCCAGCAUUUUUUGAGGAGUGCAAGAAGGAGUAUAUUCGUGACAAGUUGGAGUACGAGAGGACUGGCAUUCCAGCCAAAAACAGGAAACAGAAGCUCCCAGCUAGCAUGUAAACAAACUGUUGGAUAGGCGCGCUUGAUAGGCUAAUAGCACCUCUAAUUGAAGUCAGAUGUAUCUGAAACUAUUUGUAACAAUUUAUUUGAAGAGGGUCUUUAAAAGCAUUUAUGACAAAUUUUAUACAACCUUCUCAACACAUUAUUCCAGUGUAAUUUCAAUUAUAUUUUCAGUAUUUAAAUAAGUACUGGUAAAAAAACGUUAUAUGUACACACAUGCGUCAACAUUGUUAAGAAUGAGAAAUUUAAAAACAGAAAUUUGCUUCCACAUCUUAGCAUUGUACCUCACCUCUAAAGGGGAUGUAUCUAUGUAAUUUGUCUGAUACCCUGCCACACCAGGUUUGUAUGUGUGUGUUCAUGAUUGUAUGUGUGUUUGUUUGGAGUACCCUAAUAGAGAAAAUGUACAGAGCAUUUCAGAUUUUCACUAUAAACCAAUUUGAUCAUAUUUUGAAAACUACCUGUGAAUGUGUCAUGAAUAUAGAAGGGGAAUAUAUCAAUUACACUUACACUCACAAUAAAGUGUAAUGAAUGGUUUCAAAAGGAUUUUAUUUUGUUACAAAUACCCCUUCAAACAAAAUGCACAAUUUCACAAGCAGGAUGCGAAAGAAGUACUGUAUGUGAAGGGGCCAGUCUAGUUGGUCAGAAAACAAGGUAAUAAUACUUUGAGAUCUGGUUUAAAUUUUCCAGGAUAAUAACUAUAGAUCAGGGGUCCCCAAAAAAAUUUCUGCGAGAGCCAGAUCAUUUUUCCUUUUUUUAAUGUGGGGCUGGGUCGGUCUGUAACAGAAAAUUACAUGGGCCGGAGUGACUACGAGUAUUAUUGUGGAGAUUUUAUUAUGAUUUUAAAUGUAUUCAUUAUGCUAGAUUAGUUAAUUAUUUUGUUAUGCACCGUACAUCCGUACAUAUCAAGAGAUAUAUAGCCUAUUAAAAGAGCAUUAUUACUAUCGUAAUUACCUUUUUUAAUAUUCAUUGCUAUUGAAAUCAAAACAUUUACUUACUAAUGCAUAUUAGUCAGUGUUAAACGUUUUUAUUUUUUUUAUAAAAAAGUAUCUGGCAUUGUUCAGAGGGCCGGUCCAAAUGCGUGGGGGGGCUGUAUUCGGCCCGCGGACUGUAGUUUGGGGACCCAUGUUAUAGAUUGUCUUAGUGUUAGGAUCCAGGCCAUUACUAUGGUCACAAGCAUAGAAUCCUGACUCCCCUCUCUUGGGUUUGUGCUUUGUAGUGUGUUAAUAUGGUAAAUUAAAGAUUUGAAAGCUUCAGACAACAUAAAGAAACGUUGAGGGAAACUGAGUCAUAGUAUAUUGUGCUGACACUCCUGAUUUGAGGCAUAAAUUCAGAUGCAGGAGUAAUGUGUACAGAUCUGAUUAUUUCCACAAACAAUGGAAUAACUUAGUCCUGUACAUGUAAUUCUGAAUGCGUAACCUGCAAAUACUACUGCUGUGUUGCACUUGUAUACAGAACCAGUGCAUAGUACACAGGGCUUAAGCCUUAAGGUAAUUUACUAAAGGCAAGGUUGAACUUGAGUUAAAUGAUCCCAAAUAACAUAUUUUUUAUUAAAUAUAUUGUUUUUUGAUAACCUAGAUUAGACCAUGCACUGCAAGUAGGCUAUUUAUCUGAAACCAUUGAUGGCCAUGACAUAUUUCUGUAUGUGAAUAUGAAUAUAAAACAAUACAAUAAACCAAUAAAUGUUG